AAAACAAGGGCUUCGAAGCACAGAAAACGAAAAAUGGCGGAAGAGCACGAGAAUGCACAGACAGAGGCAGAGGUUGAAGAAGAGUUCUCCGUUUGGAAGAAGAACACUCCUCUGUUGUACGAUUUCUUCAUCUCUCACCCUCUUGUAUGGCCUUCUCUCACCGUUCAAUGGCUCCCAUCCACUCCUCAACCCCACUCCAACUCUUCCUUCAACCUCCACUCAAUCCUCUUAGCCACCCACACCGCCGACGACGAACCCAACUUCCUAAUGCUCGGCCAAGUCACCCUCCCUGUAAACACAUUGCAGCCCAUCGUCGCCGCUGAUCCUCAAAACCCCAUUUUACCUAAGGUGGAGAUUACCCGGAGGAUUCCUGUUGAUGGGGAGGUGAAUCGAGCGCGAUCCAUGCCGCAGAACGCUGAUAUUGUAGCUGCCAAGACUUGUAGCUCCGAGGUUUAUGUGUUUGAUUUUGCGAAGCAACGAGGGGAUGGGAAUGAGCCUGAUUUGAGGUUGAGGGGGCAUGAUAAGGAAGGCUUUGGCUUGUCCUGGAGCCCUUUUAAGAGUGGGUAUCUUUUGAGUGGUUCAAAUGACCACAAGGUUUGCUUGUGGGAUGUGCCGGCUGAUUCGAAAGGGAGCGUGCUUGAUGCGGUUCAUGUUUAUGAGGGCCAUGAAAAUGUGGUGGAAGAUGUAUCCUGGCAUUUGAAGAAUGAAAAUUUAUUUGGGUCUGUUGGGGAUGACUGCAAGUUGGUAAUUUGGGACCUGCGGACAAACAAAGCCCAACAAUCUGUCAAAUCACAUGAGAAGGAGGUGAACUUCCUUUCUUUCAGUCCAUAUAAUGAAUGGAUUUUGGCUACAGCAUCCUCAGACACCACCAUUGGUCUCUUUGAUACACGGAAGCUGAUGGAACCGGUUCAUGUUUUAAGUAGCCACACAGAUGAGGUAUUCCAGGUAGAGUGGGAUCCUAAUCACGAGACUGUAUUGGCUUCUUCUGGUGCUGACAGACGGCUGAUGGUUUGGGACAUUAACAGGGUUGGGGAUGAGCAGAUAGAGGGAGAUGGUGAGGGCGGUCCUCCUGAACUACUCUUCUCUCAUGGUGGUCACAAAGGGAAAAUAUCAGAUUUUUCAUGGAACCAAAACCAGCCAUGGGUCAUCUCAAGUGUAGAUGAGGAAAAUUCUCUCCAUGUCUGGCAAAUGGCUGAUAGCAUUUACAAUGAUGGUGACGACGAAGAUAUGUGGUAUGCUGCUAAUGACCAACACUAACCAGACCCAAGCUCGGAGGCCAUGCUUUCCAUGUCAUUGCUUUCAAAGCUUUGUUGUUUUGUUUGAAUGUUUUGCUAUCUUUGAAGUUUACUACCAAAUUUUAUGCUAAUGUAUUGCGAUGGUUAAGAGUUGAAACAAUUAUGACAUAACAUUAUCAUUGUUAAGGCAAUUUUUUUCCUUUUAUGGUUUAAA